UCUGAUAUAGCAGAAACAAAAUUAGGCGAAAAUUUAUCCACCCCUCGCAUUUCACCUAAAAAAGAAGGAGGCCCUUUUGUUGAAUGUUCUGCAUAGCAUUGGCCGUGGGAGCCCCCGGUUGAAGCCAUAUCCUUGGCUUUAAACGGGGAGGGCGAAUCUAAUCUCUCUUCUUUUCUUUCUUUCUUUCUUUCUUUCUUUCUUUUUUUUAAAAAAAAAAAAAUUUCUCCUUCUGGUUAACAGUGGAUUUAAUUUGAACAAAUUUUCCUUUCGGGAUUUUUACGAGUUAAGGGCCUUAACGGCGAACAGAAAUUCGCGAAUGAUGCUCUACGAGUAUAGGGCUGGAGGAGACCGAGUGCGAAGCUAGGGGGAAUGUCGUCGAGUCUGCGGCAUUAGAGCUUUAGAUAUCGCCGGAAAGUCUAGUCCGCUUCGGAAGUUUGUAUAGCGGCAGUUAAAGGAGGUUGUCCGCCGAUUCCCACAGCAUUUAUUAUGGAGACCAAGAUGAAGGGCCUCCUCAGGGGCCUUCGCUAUAUCUCCCAAAUAUUCGACAACAAGGAGCAGGAGAUGCAGAUCGGAUACCCAACCGAUGUCAAACACGUGGCGCACAUCGGCUGGGACGGCCCUUCCGCCGCCGCCGCCCCCAGCUGGAUGAAUGAGUUCCAAUCGGCGCCCGCCACGAACGGCGAAGGCGGCACCGACUCGCCGUCCGGGGAGCAGCAGCAGCCGCCGGACGCGCCGCCGGGCCGGCACUCGCGGCGCAACGCCUCGGCCGGCAACGUCUCCGUCGUCGACUCCCCCUCCCGGGACUCAUCGUUGCCAGAGGGUUCGCGCCGCGGCCGUCGGCACCACACCACCGCCGCCGGCGGCGGCGGCGGCGGCAGCGGCUCGUCUGAGUCUGCGGCGUCGUUGGACGAGACUCCGGCCGUUCCGAAGCAGUCACGGCGCCGGAAGCCGAAGGGAUCGUCCUCUUCCUCCGUCGGCGGCGGCGGCUCAACCCGAUCGGGACGGUCGAAGGCGGCCCCCGCCUCGCAUUCAGAUCCGGGGAUCGACAACUGCAGCGGCGACCUGCCGGCGCCAUUAUCGCCCACCAGAGAAGAAGAUGGCUUCUGACGUCGUAAUUUCAGGACGGAUUUUUUUUAAACAAAAAAAAACAAACAAACAAACAGAACAGACUUAAUUCUUUUUGUUUUAAAAUUUUUUAUUUUUUGGGUGUCGUAUCAUACUACGUAUGUACGUUAAAAACUCCAAGAGAGCCACUAUGAUUUGUAAGGAAAGGAGUACUGUUUGCAAAUAGUCCCGCAUUUUUUAUCUUCAUGAUUUUUUGUGUUUUA